AUGGUCCCAUGCGCGCAGGGUCGCGUGAUCGUGGAGACGGCGCGUCCAGCGUUACCGUACUUCGCCACGUGUACCAGUUAUCGUCGGCAGGUGACGGUGACUGGCACACCGAACGAGAUGGCCGCCAGUGUGUCCGGCACGUCGUCGAGCACCACGCAAACUGACCAACAGUCGACUGGCUCUGGCGGCAACAGAGGCGCCAUCAGCAAGAACACGAUGCUUCCGGCUCACAGUAUCGCUAUCAGGCCGGAAGAUCUCGGUGUAACGCCCUGGUACCUCGAGGAUUACCUCACCAUAGACUCCUCGCCGGGGCCCAUGGGCGAUCGGAGCUCGUACCCCUCGUACUCGCACAUGGACACGGAAAUGAAGCCGGAGGCGACGUCCACGAGGAACAGCAGCAUCGACAGCGAGAUACCGCGGCCUGGACCAGCGAGCACCGCGCCUAGGAAGGCGUACAUGGACCUGCGAGACGCGAUCGCGCUGCUGGACGAGACCUGCCCGAACCAGCAGGAGCCCAGUCCGUCCCUCACGCCGAGAACGCCGAGGACACCGUUGACGCCGCACCCGAGGAACAAACGAGCGAGAUCAAAGAGCAGCGACAACUCGUCGAGCUACAGCAACGAGAGGCUGAACGACCGAUCGUUCGAGAAGGAGGUGAAGGAGAAGAAGAGGCCGUUCUUGAAGAAGAUCGGGAUCUCGAAGACGGAGGACAAGCCGUUCCUGGCGAAGCUCGCGCCCAAGAUAAUAGGCAAGCCCUAUCUGGAGAAGAUCGGCCCUAGCAAGGCGGUGGAGAAGCCUUUCUUGGACAAGAUCGGAUCGUCGAAGACGUUGGACAAAUUUACGUUCGAUACUCCGCGUUUACACGAGAGGAAGGGCACGAGGAACGAGAGGCACGAGACGGAGGAAGCGACGAGCAGGAGCGAUGAAACGAGGAAUCAGGAAGAGAAGAGGAUUGUCCAGAGGACAACGAGAGCGGAGCAGUCGUUUGACGUUCAGCGUAGGAAGUCCGGCAAGGGUCCUCUGUUGAAGAUGUACAGCUUUGAAACCGAGGAUCUGGAGUCGACGGUGCAAACGAAGGAGCACAGAGAUCCUCUCAGGGGCGCUUCGUUGGACGACGUUCUAGAUUCUGGGCCCAGCUCUUUGCCACUGGACACCGCCGCGACGGAAGAGUCACCUAAAUUGGAAACCAAGGGACGAGCUAGUAACGGAGCCGAGUUGCUCAAGUGUCGCGUUACAACCAGCGAGGAGAUCAUUUUCACGAAUGCCAGUGGUGCUGGCUCCGACAAGGAAUCCAAUAUCUGGGACAAUUCGCCGAGGAGAAGAUGGCAACACAAGAGGGAUCUCUUGACACCGAGAACGCCCACGCAUCGAAAGGUGAUCCAGAGUUCUCAGAACGUUGAACAGACACGGGACAGCGUUCCCAAUUCGCCGGUGAAACGUCCGAUUUCGUCCGUACUCCCGGAUCAAAGCGACUCGCAGGCUGACUCCGCGGAGAAGAAUAUUUAUUCCCCGCUGAAGACCAGAAGACAGACUUACGAGGACCUGCUAGACAGGAAUGGCAAGGAUCAGAGCGAGAAACUGAGCAAACAGGCGCAGUUCGAGAGGAGAGGCAUCUCGUCGGACAAUCUUCUGUCCAAGGAUCGUUCCAUCACCCCUGUGAUUGGCUAUCACCAAGGCAGAGACCACGUUGAGAAAACCAGAGAAGCUUCGUCGGAGGAUUCUCUGGCACACAAGAUAGGCCAAGAGUACACCAAAGAAACAUUCAAGCAGCUUCAGGAUAAGUUCCGCUACCACGAAAUCCCCACCGAGACGUACGCGGAUUUUAAGAAACGCACGAGAGGCAACGUUCAGAGUAUAAUCGGAAGGCAGCAGGAACGACUGCGAGCGAAUAAUGUCGCGUCAGACGCUGGUGACGAAAGUUCCAAGGAUGCUGCGCCGAAGGCAGACGAGACGCCGAAGUCUGCCUCGGUGAGCUCAACUCCCACCAAGAUAGACGCAGACGCAACAACGGAGAGCAGAAAAGAGGCGGUACGUGUCCACGGAGGUACGGUUAGGUCCGUGUUGAAGAAGCAACAGGGGAUAGACCAUCCAAGCGACCAGGAAUUGGACACCAAUUCGUCGAUAAGACGACCAAAGAGGCGAAUCUUCCACGAACCGUCCCAGGAAACGAUGGACUUGUUGACCGAGCUUAGAAAGGUGAAGAGCUUGCUGAAGACCCCGUCGUGGGAGAAGGAGGAUCUCGAGCUGGACAAGAAACCAGCUAGACAGCCCAAGCGUAUUCUGUUAACCGACAAGGAGUUCUGUCUGUCCGUCGAACGGGAGAACAGCAUUCGCCGUCCGUCGAAGGUGAUCAAUUCCUUGGAGAGAACGGAGGAAGGACAGUCGGAUAGUGCGAAGCAGGAGGAGGAUAAGCAAGAGGAGAUGAAGGAGAAAGAAAGUCCAGGCGCAGAGUCCAGCAACAGGAAAGCAUCUGGUCCAGCCCUGUUCGAGAAGAAGUGUCUGUCGUUGGACUACGCGGACGAGGAGAGGCCCGAGAUGCCAGAGGCGAGAGCCAUUUCCUUAGCUUCUGCCAGGAACUUGCCCUCGGAGCUCGAGGAAACGAUCGAUUAUUCGUCGGAUCUGGCGUUGAUGUGCGACUCGAAAAGCUAUUCGUCCGACGUUUUCAACACACCGUCAGACGAAACGAACGAAAAGGAUCGCCGCGGCAGCAACUUGGAGAAGAACGUUCCGAAGAGUAUGAACAGCCAGAACCACUGCGCCGAGAUCGAUAUCGCUAUACCUAUCGAUCAGAAGGGUAGCCCGAAGGACAGGGUUCAGAUUCAAGGGAGGACCAGCGAUCUUUACGAGAUCAUAUCCCCGAGAUCAACGCCUUUCCGAGUGAAAAAGAGGCUCGGGAAGAUCUCUGUCGAGGACACGGUCAAGCCGGAGAGUUUCACCCUUGGUUCUAAGGUCGACUGCCGAUCCGCCGUUGCCCAGAAACGGACCAAGUGCUUCCCUUUAUAACGCACGCCGACCUGCCAGUGGGCGAAACGCUCUCUGACGAUGUUCCACGUUUUCUGACGUUCACUCUGAGUGAAAUUCGAGACAAGUGUAACGGCAAAUCGUUGGUCGUACGUCGUUUAACUCUUCUGACAACGGUGGAGAUUGAUUUUGAUUAUUGAUUAGGAAAUAGAUACGAGCCGUUCGGUGCAAAAAUGAGGAUUAUUAAUUUUAAUUUACGGAUAAUACGAGGGAAAUAGAGAAAUAUACAAGAAAUGUUUUAUAUGCGCCACUGAAGGGUCAAACUUUCAAACUCAAAUGUUAAAAUUGACUUAUAUCAUUUUUGUAUUGAACGGUUCAUAUAUAGGGUGUAUUAAAAGUAGUUAUGGUUAUUUUCAAAUAUUUUUUAGUUUAGAUAAUCAAGCAUUCACUACUUUUUAAAUAUCCUGCAGCAUUAAAGCAAAAUUAAGCCGUUAAAGGUCUUACUAAAUUUUAGGAAACUCUGUCAAAAAAGAAGUGACCUUUUCAUUUCAUUAUUCCACAUUCUUAUACCACUUUUUUUUUUUGUUUUUUUGUUU